AUGGGCAAGAAGGUACAAUACACUUCGAUCACGCCGCUGCCCAGCAACGUCCCGCGUCAGCUUGCCAUCGAACUGUUACACAGCCAUGAAGAAGUUGCGAGACUGAACCCACUGGUCACGGGAGUCAAGUCGAUCGAAGCUCCUCGCGAUGCGCCGAACGAUGAAUACUACUCGGAGUGGUACGAGAUCAGCGAGGUGAUCACAUGGGGCUUCGGGCUGAAGAAGAAGAUUGCCUUCAAGGGCGUGUUCCACAACUUGCCCACGGGCAUGCAGAGCCAUACUUAUGCACCCAUGGGAGUUGAUCUGCGAGUGAAAUAUCUCAUAGGCGGAAAUCAGCCUGGUGAGCCGCGCGAGCCGAGAGAGCUGGGAGUGAAUACACCAUUGGACGGGCUGUAUAUGCGACAGGAUGUACAGAUUGAAUGCAACCUCGCACUGGCGAGCUACGUCAAGAAGGAGACGAAAGAUGCGAUCGGAAAGAUGGUUGACAGAUUGGCGCGGAAGGCCGAGCUUCUGGACGAGGGAAAGCUGCAUGCUAUGUUCGAGCAUGGUCGGCUGAAGACAUCAAAGCCAGCAGAUUUCGCAGAUUCGGAUGCAGCGAGCAGCGUUGGAUUCAACCCGAACAGCCCUCCUGGAAGCCCG